AGAGCGCGAGCGAGGGAGAGGAGAGGAGCGGAGAGGGAGGGCGAGGAAAGACGCGCGCCGAGGCACACGGCCACUGGAAUUCCACUAGGAAAAAAGUGAGCGAGCAAGGGUUAUCAGAAGAUUUUAUUUUAUUUUUGGGAGUCUUUUCUUCGUCUUGGUACGAAAGAAGCGACUCCGGUCUCCUGUCUUCGAAGCUCUGACUGGAUUGUUCCUGGCGCUCACGCCCGUCGGUGGAUUUCUUUCCGGUUGGCAAUUUUUCUGACCCCCUCCCUGGCCACCUCCUUCCAGCUCUGCACUCUCCGAUCGCCUCGCCCCCACCUCCCAAACCCCUCCGGGGCGCGCUGGGGAAUUGGACCCGCGGGGACUCGCGCCUUCCCGGACGAGUGAGGGGAGGGCUGACCUCAGGACCGGCCGUUGGCUUAUAAAGCAGCCAGACACACAGCGACGCGUGUUUGAUUUUGGUGGGCAAGGGGGGGCGUCGAGGGCAGCCCACCGCCCGCCUCCCACCCCACCCCCUCCAGCCAGAGGCGAGAAUCUCAGGACUCGGGAUCUUUAGCGGGCGGACAGGCUGGAAUCUCCGCAUUGGAUUCGGGGCUGAUUACCACUGCUUGGCUGUUAUUUCUGAUUUAAAUUUUUUUUAUUUCAUUUUUUUAACCUAAAGGAGAAGGACAAAAUAACUGUGGGAUUUAUUUAACAUGAUCUUGGCAAACGCCUUCUGCCUCUUCUUCCUUUUAGACGAGACCCUCCGCUCUUUGGCCAGCCCUUCCUCCCUGCAGGGCCCCGAGCUCCACGGCUGGCGCCCCCCAGUGGACUGUGUCCGGGCCAAUGAGCUGUGCGCGGCGGAGUCCAACUGCAGCUCGCGCUACCGCACGCUGCGGCAGUGCCUGGCGGGCCGGGACCGCAACACCAUGCUGGCCAACAAGGAGUGCCAGGCGGCCCUGGAGGUCCUGCAGGAGAGCCCGCUCUACGACUGCCGCUGCAAGCGGGGCAUGAAGAAGGAGCUGCAGUGCCUGCAGAUCUACUGGAGCAUCCAUCUUGGGCUGACAGAGGGUGAGGAGUUCUACGAAGCCUCCCCCUAUGAGCCCGUGACCUCGCGCCUCUCAGACAUCUUCAGGCUUGCUUCAAUCUUCUCAGGGACGGGGGCAGACCCGGCUGUCAGUGCCAAGAGCAACCAUUGCCUGGAUGCCGCCAAGGCCUGCAACCUGAACGACAACUGCAAGAAGCUGCGCUCCUCCUACAUCUCCAUCUGCAACCGCGAGAUCUCAUCCACCGAGCGCUGCAACCGCCGCAAGUGCCACAAGGCCCUGCGCCAGUUCUUUGACCGCGUGCCCAGCGAAUACACCUACCGCAUGCUCUUCUGCUCCUGCCAAGAUCAGGCAUGUGCUGAGCGCCGCCGGCAGACUAUCCUGCCCAGCUGUUCCUAUGAGGACAAGGAGAAGCCCAACUGUCUGGACCUCCGCAGCCUGUGCCGAACUGAUCACCUGUGCCGGUCCCGGCUGGCAGACUUCCACGCCAACUGUCGAGCCUCCUACCGCACCCUCACCAGCUGCCCUGCUGACAAUUACCAGGCGUGCCUGGGCUCCUACGCGGGCAUGAUUGGGUUUGAUAUGACCCCCAACUACGUGGACUCCAGCCCCACCAGCGUCGUGGUGUCCCCCUGGUGCAGUUGUCGCGGCAGUGGGAACAUGGAAGAGGAGUGUGAGAAGUUCCUGAGGGACUUCACCGAGAACCCGUGCCUCCGGAAUGCCAUCCAGGCCUUUGGCAAUGGCACAGAUGUGAAUGUGUCCCCCAAGAACCCCUCAUUCCAGGCCACCCAGGCCCCUCGGGUGGAGAAGACUCCUUCUUUGCCAGAUGACCUCAGUGACAGCACCAGCCUGGGAACCAGUGUCAUCACCACUUGCACAUCUGUCCAGGAGCAGGGGCUAAAGGCCAACAACUCCAAAGAGUUAAGCAUGUGCUUCACAGAGCUCACGACAAAUAUCAUCCCAGGGAGCAAAAAGGUGAUCAAACUUAACUCAGGCCUCAGCAGAGCUCGACCGACGGCUGCCUUCACCGUGCUCCCCUUCCUGAUGCUGACACUGGCCUUGUAGGCGCUGGGGACUGCAUCGUGAGAUUUCUACAAGCUACAGAACUCCCGCCUGAGAAAUGGAAAGAUCCCAGACACACACGCACAACUGCACACACACACACACACACACACACACACACACACACACACACACACCUACCUUGCAAAAAAUUUUUUUCCUACCUUGUCUCUGAACCUGUCUCCUCCCAGGUUUCUGCUCUGGAGAAGUUUUUCUAAACCAAACAGACAAGCAGGAGGGCAGCCUGACAGCCAGCCCAGAGGUCCCCUGGCAAGGGACCCCCAGUGCCGAGGAGGGCGCAGGCUGUAGAAAUGCCCUUUACUGUCUCCGGUGUUUUUAUCUCUGGACCCUUCUGAAGCGAGAGACCAAGGCGAGACCCCUGCUGUGGAAGGGACUGUGCUGUGCCUGAUGCAGGCUGGGGACAGGACAACUGCAGCUACUCUCUCCAGCUGCCCACUUUGGGGACCUGCCAGGGUCUCGAAGUGGGCAUCAUUCAGUGGAGAAGCAGGGCUGGCCAUGGGGUCCAGCUAGACCUGGUUGGCCCCUCCUCUUACCUUCAAAGAUGGAGAUGGCUUGGCCUCCUGGGGCUGUGUCUGGUAUGGGAACCCCCAGGCUGUGCUGGGCCCCUUUGACUGUAGUGUGGAGGGGGUUCUAGGGCCAGCUCCAGGAGGGCCUGGGAGAUGAGCUCUAAGGUACAUCCUCCUGAUGGCAGGAAUUUUGAAGUCAGAGAGAUACGAUGCUUUACUGGCUUUCUUGGCUUCCUUGGGUCCGUUUGGUGGGGCUCCCCUUGGGAGAGGGGCCACAGAGGGAGGCAGAAGAGACCGUGGCACAACACCAUCUGGUCUCCGGAGCUUGCGCCUGCUCUCCUUUCCUCUACUCGUUCCCACUUUCUCUUUCCUCAUUGCUGAGACACAUGUCAACUGUCUGUACAUAAUGAGGCUCCUUUCUCAACAUAGGUGUAUAUACACGCCCGUAUACAUAUAUCCUGUGGUCUCCCUUUUCUUUCCUUUUUCUAAGAAACAAAACUAUCAAAAUAAUACCCUACAGAUGAGCGAAAAUGUAUUAUUGUAAAGUUUAUUUUUUUUAAUAAUGUUGUCUAUAAUGGAAAAAAAAAAUGGAAAUGGACUCCUGGGGCCCCGCUCCAGUUGGGCUGAUGGGGCUGUGGCUGAGGAGUCCUGAUCCGCAUUCACUUAACCAAGGCUCCAAUAAACGUACUAGGAAGCAAGCUGCCUUCUGCCUCUGCCGUGUGCCUUCUGCCCAGUGGGCCCAAUGCCACUUGUUGGGGGCUUGCCUGGGGUUCCCUCUGGGCCUGGGGAAGUUCGCGUGCAUGUGUGUGUAUGCGUGUGUGUGCACACCUGUGCCUCAUCCAAGCAUCCCAGUGAAGUCCCAGCGAGAAUGGAUGGAUGGAACUCCCAGUGGACAUGGUUUUACACCCGGCAGGCCUGAAGGUCUCAGCCGUAGUGAGUUUGAGGUCCCUUUGCCUGUUCUCACUUGCCUCCCCUUCCUCGUCAGUAUCAGAGCCUGUUGUUUCUGGACUGGAAAAGAGCAAUGAGAAGUGAGUGGACAGGAAGGGACAGCCUGGUGUCACAACGAUUGCAGUAUGAUUUGGUCUCCAGGCAGCCUGAGUGGCCCUGCCUAUGUUCUGUGCAGAGUUGUCCCUCCUGGGACUCUUGGUCUGUUUGAGGUAUGUGAGUGUGAGGACAGGCACCUGGCCUCUUGGGUCCCACCAGAAAAGGAAGGUGACUGAGUGUUUUGCGGUCAGGUUCCCUUCCACCCCUUCCUUCUCUCUGUGGAGGGAUCUGGGUGCUCCCAGGGGCUUCUCCCUGGUAGAAAGUGUGCACACGUGGGCCUGCAUGUGUGCACAGGUAUCAGCUGUGCAAAUGUCCAUGAGCACAUGAGUGUGUGCAGCAGCAGGAGGGAGAAGGGCAGAGCUGCAUGGGAUCCGUCCUGUCACUGUCUAGUGAUAGGAUGACAUUUUCCAGCCUCCAGAUCCUGGGUCCACUCUGAUGGCUCUAGUUUCUGGCUGCACAUGUGUCAGUAGCAUCUGUUCACAGCAGGGACACUGCGCUGUGUUGUGCCCGGCCUCUGCCUGAGGUAGGACAAUGAGCCAGCCAGCUCUCUUUCCUGCCAUUGCUGGCCUUCCAGUGGACAGAAGUGAUCUGAUGUCACCCGGGAAUCCAUAUUGCUUGCAAAUGGCUCAGACAGUAAUUCGCUGUGAGGCUGUCGGGGGAGGUGACUCACAGCGUCUGAAGGAGGACCAGGGGGCUGGCUAGGACUGGAAGAUGCCCAGUCUGCAAGGCAGGAUCCCCUGACCAUCCACAUGCUGCUGCCUGCGUGACAAAUGGCCACCAGCUGGCUGGAGUGGCCCUUGUGCCUCCCCCGUCCAUCCUUGGUGUGAGGAGGAGGAUAAGUUGUGACUGGUAUUCCUAAUAGGGAGCUCCUGGGCAGGAUAAUGGGGGUGGGAAGAAAAUAUCUCACAAGGAAGUCAAGGUGCCACUAUGGAGGCGGAAUGGAUGCAAGGCACUUUUACUCUGCCUUCAGAUGUUACCCCAUUCAUGUAGCACAUGGCUGAGAUUUUUACUGUUAAGUGUUUGUUCCUUUGGUCGGGACCAUUCCUUUUCUGUGUUCCCUUCAACAUAUGUAAAGAGUGGGGCAGAGUAAUGUUGAUUUUAGGGUUGGGGGAAUAGACGAAGGUGAGUAAACCGGAAAGGGAUCAGGAGCCAAUUGGCAGGGGCCAUCAGAGAGAGAGAUUCUGGCAUUAUUUUGGGAAACAUGCAGUCCCAGGCAGUGGAGGCCCCUGUAUGCUCACCUCAGAGUGGGCAGAGCAUAUAAAGUUAGCCACUGGCAUCUGUCCGCAAGACUGUCUCACCUCUGCUCUUGGUUCCAGGACCUGGACAGGUCUGAAACCGUGGGAAUGCUUCUACUUUUGUAGGUAAGCUUCCAGCAUGGGCAUUUAUGCUCAGCCAAGAACCCAGACACCUUCUGUCCACCUGGCUCUGGCCUCUGCAUCCUUCCUCACAGUGCAGUGAGGUCCACCUGCCCAGGGUGAGGGCUCAAGGUGAGACCUUCAGUGGGGACUAAGGAGAUCCACUAGGGAACUCAGGGUUCUGGAUUCAAGUGAGCAGGGAUGCUCAUUCUAUGCAGACCUAAUGGUUGUCUUCACAGCUAGGCCUCUGCGUUGUGUUGAGACCUGUCACAGGUGUCAUCCGAGUUCCUGGUAGCUCGGGCCUUGCCUGUGUAACAUGGGUGGCAACAUCAGUUUCUAGGACCCUGGGUCCAAUCCUGUGCUUUCUGGCCUUACCAGGAAACAAGUUCUGCCCAUGGUGAGCCCUGUAGUCCCCAGCAGACCCUCCUGAUGCCAGCCAGUUCUAGGCCUGCCAGGAUGGCCACCCCUCGCUGUUCGCAGCCUCCCAUCAUGGCUCAGUGGUUCGCUGGGAUACUCACUGCUGCAGGCUGCUCAAUGCUGGGCCUGUCGGCUUCUAGCUAUGGACUGCCAAAUACGGGUAUAAGACACAGACACCUUUACUCACAGAAGCCCAAAGCUGCAGUGUUGCCUGCUGGCUGGUAGAAUCCUUUGCCAGCAUUUUCUAGUCUGCGCAGUGAGUUUACAUCAGACUACUCCUGCCAAAUGACCAGGAUGCCAGUGGUGGGGGGACUAGUCCUCCCUUCCAUGUCAGUACAAGGGCACAUGCUCAGGACACAUUGCCCACACUUCUGAGUGUCUCCAUGGAUAUAGAUAUUUAUCUCCUCAAAAUAGAAGAAAAAUUUUUUUAGGAAAAGCAAAACAAAAACUGAUAAACAGAGUGGGUGACAUUCUUUGGGGUCUAAGGAGUAGAAAGGCUGGCUUUUGGUCGCUUAUAGGAAAUCUUGUCACCUUGUUCAAUCUUCUUCAUUUUAGAUGACUUCUAAAGUCCAUAAUGCUAAACAGGUUCUAGAAGAGAGGAAGAAACACACAGAUGGACAGAGGUUGACUCUGAGGCAGACACAAAGCGGUCCACCUGGUUUUCCUACCCCUGCGGUGUCCCCACCAAUGCUCUGGACAGCAGAGACACGCCCAGUCUGCUGGGUGACUGCUUGGAAUUUAAAAUCCCAGGUGUGUUUUUAAAAACUCAGCCAUACUACUUUCUCCAAUGCUUUCUCCAUGAAAACAAAUGGCAUACGUGGAAAGGCUCCGAAAUCCCUGCAAAGACGGUGUGCACAAAGUCAAGCCGGUGCGGGGUGUCGACUCACCAGACCUUUAUUUGCCGUGUCCCACUUUCAGCUUAAAGCAGGGGUUUGUGCUGCAUCUUCCCUGGGAGAACAAUGGGAUCAAAUAU